UCUGGCGCUCUGUAUGUGAUAUCUAUGCAUAAGACAAACCCAAAAAAAAGCACAUCCCUUUUGACGUCAUGGAGCACCCGUAGCUUGAGUAGCCACUGGAAACGACAACUCGCUACGUAUAGUAUAAUAUUUACCAGCAUGACAUGUUCUGGACUUCCCACUCUGAUACAGUCAAAGAAGAUGGAGAAGCUCAAAGGGUUUGAUUUUUGGAGGAAAACCCUUAAAGAAGCAUGCUUCGUGGUGGCACCCAUGGUGGACCAGAGCGAACUGGCAUGGCGCCUGCUUAGCCGUCGCCACGGCGCUCACCUCUGUUACACGCCCAUGUUACACGCGCAAGUGUUUGUUCGGGAUGCUAAUUACAGGAGAGAAAACCUCUAUAAUGAGGUUUGUGAGGAGGAUCGGCCAUUAAUAACUCAGUUUUGUGCAAAUGAUCCUGAGGUCUUUAUUCAGGCAGCUCUUUUGGCCCAGAACUACUGUGAUGCCAUUGACCUUAACCUGGGUUGUCCUCAGAUGAUCGCUAAAAGAGGACACUACGGAGCUUUCCUGCAAGAUGAAUGGGAGCUGUUAGAAAAAAUGGUCACGUUAGCAAAUGAAAAGCUGUCUGUGCCUAUCACAUGUAAGAUCCGGGUUUUUGAAGACAUUGAGAAGACGGUCCGCUAUGCCCAGAUGCUGGAAAAAGCUGGAUGCCAGCUUCUAACAGUGCACGGCAGAACCAAAGACCAGAAAGGAGCGAUGACUGGAAUUGCUAGUUGGGAGCAUGUGAGAGCAGUUCGGAAGGCGGUAAAUAUUCCUGUGUUUGCUAAUGGCAACAUUCAACAUCUGAGUGAUGUGCAGCGCUGCAUCAAAGAAACAGGAGUGCAAGGGGUGAUGAGUGCAGAAGGUAACCUUCAUAAUCCAGCGCUAUUUGAAGGACUCAGCCCACCAGUUUGGGAGAUGGCUGAAGAGUAUUUUGAGGUGGUGAAGAAGCAUCCCCCAUGCAACCUGUCCUAUGUACGAGCCCAUCUCUUCAAGCUGUGGCAUCACACGCUUCAGAUCCACCAAGACCUGAGGGAAGAGUUGGCUAAGGUGAAAACCCUUGAGAGUUUGGUAAAUGUUAGUAACCAGCUGAGGAUUCGAUGCCAGGAGGAGAUUGCCAGUGGAAAUGAUACGAAUAAGGAGAGCAGCCUGCCCUUCCCUCACUGGAUCUGCCAACCAUAUGUCAGACCACCGCCAAAAGAUCUGUCCGGUAAAGGGAACAUACAGGAUUCGCAAGAAAAGACGAAAGGGUGCCAAAAGAGAGCACUAGAAGACACAACUAUGUCAACCCAAAUACUCUCAAAAAAUAAACAGAAGAAAAGGUCCCGCAAUCCCAACAAGAACUUUUGCCCUGAUCAGAAACCCAAGUACAUCAAAUGUGAACAGUGUGGCAACCCAAAGGGAAACAAGUGUGUCUUCAACCUUUGUCGAGGCUGUUGUAAGAAGAAGUCCUACAAGGAGGUGGCAAACUGUUUAAGCCAUGGACUCAAAUUCAAGAGCAAAGCUGAUGCAAUUAAAGCUCAAGAAGACCAGAGAGAUCCAAAAAUUGAAAUGGAGAAAAACUGCAGCUCUCCACAGUCCCUUCAACACCAACCCACAAAGCUUCAUACAGAGGAUAUGGCAUAGCGUCCAGAUCACAAACUUUUUUUCCCUGCUCUGAGCUUGCAUGCAUUUUGCUGCUUAAACUACCUGUAUUUUCUCUGGUAUUUUUUUUCCCACCAAGUUCGCUUUUACAAUGAGCCUUGACCCAGAAGACGAUGUUCUUCUUAAGCAAGACGAACAAGACUCUGCUGCGGCUGCAUAUUAAUAAUUUAUAAGAAGAGCAUCGUCGUCCGGGUCAUGGCUCAUUGUCAAGCGAACGUGGUGGAAAACACAAAUAUUGGACAUACUUUGUUUUU